ACAUUGUUAACAUGGCGGUCAAUUUGAAAUUUGUAAUACAUUACUUCUGCAAAUCUUCUCUCACUUUAGUAAAAGUAUAGACUGACGAUGACCGAUUCAACCACAAACAACGAUAUUGAGACGUCUUCUACUUCAAAGAUUGGAGCAGAAUGUUCAAGUAAUCUUGAAAAAACUCAAGUAAUACUUGUUCAUCUAAUGAUGUACCUCAAUGAAAAAUCGUUCGCAAAUAAUCAACUGGGAAAGAUGUAUUCCGAUGGAAAAUUGUCGAAAAGAAAGUUGAAACGGUUGAAGAAUCAUCAGAAAUGGGUUGAAAGAAAACAGGAAAAAAAGUUGCUCAAGAAAGAAAAAAUAAGAAAACAAAAGCAGAAGGCUUACCUGUACCUAAGUCAAGAUCUGUUGAAACAAGUGAAAACGUGUUAUGCUGUAAAUAGAAAGUGUUCGAGGCCAAUACAGUUUUAUUUGACGGGAUUUGAAGGAAAUAUUCAAUUGUUGACGGAAGGAACAUAUCAAGAAUACAAAAGUUGGGAUAUUCACAUCAAAAAAGAAUCAUACAUAGAUGUAUUUCACAAGAAAAAUAUAGUUUAUCUCACGUCAGACUCAGAAAAUAUAUUAGAAGAUAUUGACCCAUCCAAAGCGUACAUAAUUGGAGGUCUUGUUGAUCAUAACCACCAUAAGGGGGGCUUUCACAAACUUGCUGUUGAAAAGAAAGUAGCGCAUGCGCAAUUGCCAAUUAAAAACUUCGUGAAGAUACAAUCAAGAACCGUACUGACGGUAAAUCACGUUUUUGAAAUAGUCCUGAAAUAUUUGGAGUUGAAAGACUGGCAGAAAGCUUUUUAUGACGUCAUACCAAAACGAAAAGGGGUAUCUCUGGUGGAUAAUAAUGGAUAAACAUGAAUAAAAGCUGACGAUAACAAUGAUUGUUUUGUGUGAUGAUUUUAAAGGUUUGUGCAAUAAAAUAUGUGAAAUAUGACAUAUUGCUAUUGGUUUAGUGAGCCAGAUACGUAGGUAUAAAUCAAAUGACAUUUAUUUGCUACGUUUUGAUUGUUUUGAAAAACAUUUGAUAUUUAAACACAAAACGUCAUGCACUACCUGUGAUGUGAUCUCUGGUUUUAUUUUUCAUUGGACUAAUCUAGUGUUUAAACUUGAGUCCUUUUAUAUAUACAUAGUUCAGUCUAAUGUUUUCAUCAGGAGUGAUCUUAUGAUCAAAGUUUUGUCCAUGUAUGUAUCAUAUGCUGUGGGCAGUUAAAAACGGCUUUUGAUAUAAAAUAAUCUAGUAUUGACUAAAUAACAAACUAUACGAGUUGCGACUACUUACUAAAUGGUAAUGUGAAAUUUAUUGAGAAGAGUUCAUGGUUGGACUGGUAAUAAGAGAUUGAAAACACAAUUUGAUGAAUAAAUGUUUCAUUAAUGUUAUAUCAAA